GUUAUAAAAAAUGCGGCGGAAAGAAAUAGGGUUAGCGUAGAGCUUAGCAGCGUGCUCUGCUUCGAGAUAGAGGCGGCAGGUUUAAUAAACAACUUCCUAUACCUAGUUAUCCGCGGUAUCUGCGACUACGCAGACUUGCAUAAAAAUAAGAGAUAG